AUGCAUGGUGGCUAUAUCGAGGCACGGAUGGACGGAACCGAGCUGGCUUCUGGCAGCUGGUCCAUUGUUCAUUAUAACGGAGACUGUGAUGUCGAUCUGCCUACAGACUUUUCCAUCGGACCAGCAAAGGCCAUACAACUGCACAUCACCUCUGAUGGAAAGGUGCAGAUAGCUGCACAUUCUCAUAUCGUCCCGCAACCCGCUCUGCUGUCACUGGGCCAAACGCUGCAAGAUAUUCUCAUGCGACGGCACGGCACUGACAACAUUGAGGAUAGCGACUAUCGUAACGAGGAUGAAAACAACAAGAUAGGUUCAAUGGACACGCCUUGGACGCAGCCAUCUUUAUUGAAUUCACCUCCAAGACAAUGUCCUGUUGAACUGUGGCCCGGGGAGUGCGCACUAAGGCUACAGUACGGAAGCACUUCCGGUGACGCGAAGCCGGUGCUGUUGCAUUCGUGGUUCGAGCGGAUGGCACGGGACAUCCCACAUCGAAUUGCCAUUGACUUUUUGACCGACCUGGAGUCUGGCACACGACUGCAAUUCACAUACCAGCAGGUCUCCAACUCUGCCAACGCGCUAGCAUCAGAGCUCAUUCGUUUGGCUUCAGCCAGCGCGGACCACCGUGAAGUCCAGAUCAUUGCCGUGGCCAUAGGGCCAUGUCCGGAGCUGUACGUCGGUUACCUCGCAGCUCUUAAGGCCGGUUUCGCAUUCUGCCCGCUUCCAGUGGAUGCACCAAAGGAAAGGCAGGAGGCACUUUUGGCUGAUUUGAAGCCAGUGGCCAUUCUUACGCAGGACAAAAUGCGCAUCGACACAGCCCUGGUACAGGUCAAUCAUUAUGGCUUCUCUCCCUCGGCAAAAAAUACAAAAGACGGCAGAACGUGGCGCUGGUUCCAAGGCGCCGCGCCCACCUUUGACAUCUCGCUCUUCGAGAUUUUCUGGACACUAAGCACUGGAUCGACGCUUUGUUGUGCUCCGCGACAUCUGACCAUGCAGAACAUUGACGCCGUUCUAUCAACCUUACAAGCCAAUAUCACCAAUGUUACGCCGAGCUUUGCCAAUCUGAUUAGCCCCUCAGUUUUGACUGGGCUCAUGGUCGGUGGUGAGACUCUCAACGCACGCCUUCUACAAAACUAUGCGCAGCACAACCCUGACAUAUCCCCCUCCAAGCACGAGGUCAGAGAGACUUGCGACCUCCCCAGAGGUAUCUUCAAUGGAUAUGGACCAACAGAAGUAGCCAUGUACUCACUGGCCCAGCCGCACGUUCCGGUAGACCAACGUGGAUCUGUCAUUGGCUCACCGCUGGCAACUUGUGGCAUACUGAUUGUGGAAGCAAAUCGUCAUGACCUCAUUCCCAUACCUCGGGGUGGUGUAGGUGAACUAGUUCUCACUGGCCCGCAGGUCAGUACGGUAGGAUACCUGAAUCGCCCGGACGAAACUCGUGCGGCCUUUGUGGACGACAAAAAAUGGGGCCGAGCGUACCGCACUGGCGACCGUGCUCGCAUAGUCUGGAACGAUGAAGGCGAGCCUGUCGUGGAAUUUCUUGGACGCUUCUCGGACGCGCAGGUGAAACUCAGCGGACGCCGUGUGGAACUGGGCGAGAUCGAGAGCGUCCUGGCAAGCAGGGCGGACGGCGUACAGCAAACGCUUUCUUGUGUCUGGAUGCCGCAGGGAGACAGUAGCACAAACGAAUCCUUGGGCUCCGAAAGGGUAGUGAAUCUGGUCGUGGUGGACCAUACAACUGGCCUCGAUUUUGCCACUGUUAGUGCCAAUUGCGCCGAGGCCGCAAGGCAGCAUUUGCCGGACUACAUGAGACCAUUUCGCAUCCUUGAGGGAAAGUAG